UAUAUAAGGUGGAUAUUGGAUCCGUUGCUGUAUAUUGUAUCCAGUCAAGCCUGCAGCCAUGGCUCGGGUAACUAUCCUGCUGCUGGGGGCUAUGUUGGCCGUAUUGGCUGCCCUGGAUUGCCCAGCCAACAGUCACUAUGAGGCUUGUGCCACUGCAUGUCCGGCCAGUUGUGCUGACAGAACAGCCCCAGACACGUGUAAAGAACCUUGUGUAGAAUCCUGCCAGUGCAACAAAGGCUUCAUCCUCAGUUCAGACCAGUGUGUUCCAAGCACAAGCUGCGGCUGUAACUAUAAGGGUCUGUACUACCAAGCCAAUGAGGAGUAUUGGGCCGACGACACUUGCAGUUCCUACUGUAGAUGUGACCCACAGUCUGGGCAAGUGGUUUGCCAGGAGAGGAGAUGUAAAGCCGGUGAGGUGUGCAAAGUAGUCAGUGGUAAACGGGGCUGUCAUCCAUCUGGUUUUUCAACUUGUAUAGCCUCUGGAGACCCUCACUACACAACCUUUGAUGGAAGAAAGUUUGACUACAUGGGCACGUGCGUAUACCAGAUGGCCAAAGUUACCUCCGCCGAUUCAUCAUUAACCCCCUUUAGCGUCACUGUUCAGAAUAACAAUCGUGGAAAGAAAGUUGUGUCAUUGGAAGUCUACGGCCAGAAGAUAGUUGUUGACAAAGAUAGACCUCGAGAAAUUCAGGUCAAUGGUGUUCAGACGCAGCUGCCCUACUACUACGAAAAUAAUAAAAUAGUUGCACAUAUCAAGGGUAUCCAUGUGUUCAUCAGGACGGAUUUCGAGAUUACUGUGACCUAUGACUUGAACAGUUAUGCCAGAGUGAUUGUUCCCCAGAAUUACGCCAACGCAGUCAGUGGUCUGUGUGGCAACGGCAACAAGGACCCAAGCGAUGAUUUCAUAAUGGGCAACGGUGCCAAAGCCAAAAGUGAAAAAGAAUUUGGGGACAGCUGGAAAGUGGCCGAUGUUCCUGGCUGUGACAAGGGCUGUGAGCCCAACUGUCCGAAGUAAAUAAAGCAUUAGAAAGGUUAUUAUAUGAUUCCCU